AUGGGGGACAACGAUGGGGACACUGGAGACAUUGUGGCUGACAAUGGGGACAAUGAUGGGGAGAACGAUGGGGGACCUUUUUGGGGUCCCAUUUUGGGGGACAACGAUGGGGACUUUGGGGACAAUAGGGGGGGACAUUGGGGGUGUUGUUUGUGGUCCCGGUAUCAGAUCUGGUCCCGGUGGUCGGUCCAGGUUUUGGUCCUGGUUCUGGUGUCAGUUCUGGUCCAACUGCUGGUCCUGGUCCUGGUUCUGGUGGUUCUGGUGUCAGUUCUGGUCCAAUUGCUGGUCCUGGUCACAGUGUUGGUCCAGGUUUUGGCCCUGGUUCUGGUGUCAGUUCUGGUUCUGGUUCUGGUGUUGGUCCGGGUGUUUUUUCUGGUCCCCGGUGUUGAUCCUGGUUCUGGUGUUGGUCCAGGUUUCGGUUCUGGUUCUGGUAUCAGUUCUGGCCUUGGUGUUGAUCCCGGUGUUGGUCCCGGUCCCGGUGUCAGUUCUGGUCCCAGUAUUGGUCCAGGUGCUGGUGCUGGUGUCAGUCCCAGUUCCGGUAUCGGUUCUGGUCCCAAUGUCAGCCCUGGUCCCGGUGUCGGACCGGUGUCGGUUCUGGUCCCGGUGUCGGUUCUGGUCCCGGUGUCAGUUCUGGUCCCGGGUGUCGGUUCUGGUCCUGGUGUCAGUUCUGGUCCCCGGUAUCGGUUCUGGUCCUGGUGUCAGUUCUGGUCCUGGUGUCGGGUUCUGGUCCCGGUGUCGGUUCUGGUCCCGGGUAUCGGUUCUGGGUCCCGGUGUCGCUCCCAGUCCUGGUGCACCUUACAGCCCCCCUGUUGGUCCCGCUGUUGUUCCUGGUCCCGGUGUCGGUUCUGGUUCUGGUCUUGGUCCCACUGUUGCCGUCCGUCCCACUGUUGGUUCCGGUUCUGGUGGCUCUUCUGGUCCCGAUGUCGCUCCUGGUCCAAGUUUUAUUCCGGUCCAGGUUUUAUCCCAGCCCAGCUCUUGCUCUCAACUCCAGUCCAAGUCUUACAACCAGGCUCCAGUCCAGGUUUUAUUCCCAGUCCUGGUUUUGCUCCCAACUCCAGUCCAGGUCUUACUGUCAGUCCGGUCUGGGUUUUAUCCCCAGCCCAGGUCUUACUGUCAGCUCCAGUCCGGGUUUUAUUCCCAGUCCGGGUUUUGCUCCCAACUCCAGUCACUAUCAGCUCCAGUCCAGGUUUUAUCCCAGCCCAGCUCUUGCUCCCAACUCCAGUCCAGGUCUUACUGUCAGUCCGGUCCGGGUUUUAUCCCCAGCCCAGGUCUUACUGUCAGCCCCGGUCCGGGAUUUGCUCCCAGCUCCAGUCCAGAUCUUACUGUCAGCUCCAGUCCAGGUUUUAUUCCCAGUCCGGUUUUUAUUCCCACUCCAGCUGUUGCUCCCAACUCCAGUCCAGGUCUUACUGUCAGCCCAGCCCGGGUUUUAUCCCCAGCCCAGGUCUUUCUGUCAGCCCCAGUCCGGCUGUUGCUCCCAACUCCACUCCAGAUCUUACUGUCAGCUCCAGGCCGGGUUUUAUUCCCACUCCGGGUUUAAUUCCCAAUCCAGCUGUUGCUCCCAACCCCAAUCCAGCUGUUGCUGUCAGCCCAGUCCAAGUUUUAUUCCCAGUCCGGGUUUUAUCCCCAGCCCAGCUGUUGCUGUCAGCUCCAAUCCAGGUGUUUGUCAACCCCCAGUCCAGGUUUUGCUCCCAAAUCCAGUCCAGGUCUUACCGUCAGCUCCAGUCCAGCUGUAGCUCCCAGUCUGGGUUUUAA